AUGGGGGACCGUCAGAAUUGGGGUCAGCAGAAUCAACAAUAUAGACUGGCUCAGCAGCAGUACAACAACAACAAUAACCUUGGGGCUAUGCGACCACAGUGUCAAAUGGUGCCUUACCAAAGGCAACAGGGUUAUAACCAGCAUAAUCAGCAGCAGACUUAUCAACAACCGCAACAACAACAGAUGAUGAGACACGAAGAUGGGUUUGCUAAACUUGAUGCAACAAUGAUAAAGAAUAUUGAGAUCCAAUUAGGACAGAUUUCUAUGGCCUUAAGCAAUCGUCCCGAUGGGACGUUACCUGUAGACACCCAAAUCGAUCCAAAAGAGCAAGGCCCGAAGCAGUUGAUGGCAGUGAGUCUCCGAAAUGGUAGAGACUUAGAUCUGGAGCAAGAAAUUGCUCGCGAAAGCAGACCGAUAGAGACACUGGUGCUAGUACCCAUUAAGAUAGAUGAUUUAACAAGGUUAACUGAGGUGACAAUACAGCAUGCGCAAGAGAACACAAACAAAGAAGAAGAGGUUGUGAAAGAGACUGAGAGAUUGGCCAAGUAUCAGAAAGAUGAGCAGUACAAGAAAUUGGAGAUGUUGAAGAAAAUACAGGUAAACAUUCCAUUGAUUGAUGCUUUAAAGGAGAUACCUGGUUAUGCGAAGAUGAUGAAGGACUUGAUGUCCCGCAAGUUCAACUUUCAAGACAUGGCCACGGUUACACUGACUCAGACCUGCAGUGCUGUUGUGAUGAGACCCAUAGCUGAGUUAGGCAUUGGAAGAGCUAGACCCACGUCUAUGUUACUAAAGCUGGCUGACCGAAUAGUGAAGAGGCCCUCUGGGAUUCUAGAUGAUGUAUUGGUACAGAUAAGAUUAAAAGAUGAAGAGAUAACAUUCAACGUGCAGAAAUCUAUGCGGAGACCCAGUGAAUUUGCUAAUUUCUCUCUAAUAGAUGCGGUGGAUGUAGUUUUGGAGGAGGAAGAUGAGGCAUUGAACAUUAAAGACCCUCUAGCAGCCUGUCUUGUGAACUUAGAUGAAGCUAAUGGUGAAGAUUUAGCAGAGUGGGUACUUGCUCUUGAAGGACAAGGUUUUUGGAGAAGGGAGCUCGAAUUUGAUCCCUUGCACUUAGAGGAAAGAAAAACUCCUCGAGCUAAGCUAUCAAUAGAAGAGCCACCAAAGUUGGAACUAAAACCACUGCCAUCUCAUUUCAGCAACUGGCAAGAAUUUGAUUUGGAGAUCCAUGACCGAAAGGGAACGGAGAACCAAGUAGCUGAUCAUUUAUCUAGGCUGGAAGGAGCUGAAAAGAAGGUUGAGGUAGAAGAGAUUCUGGAAAAUUUUCCAGAUGAACAACUACUAGCCAUGAGUCUCGAGGAAGCACCAUGGAUUUGUGUUGAUAACAUGAUUCGGAGAUGUAUCCCCGAGAUAGACCAAUCUUCUAUUUUUCAGGCAUGUCACGCGUCACCAUAUGGUGGGCACUUCGAGAGAGUAAGGACAGCUGCGAAAGUCUUGGAGUCGGGCUUCUACUGGCCAACACUGUUCAAAGAUGCACAUCUAUGGAUAAAGGGGUGUGAUGAGUGCCAACGAACCGAGAAUAUCUCCCGUUGA